CACCGGGCGUCACAAACUGUCACUGCCUGGCUCUGCACCUGAGACGGGGUGUCCCCUUCCCCAACUGCCCAUUUGCCAGCGAGGCUGUCAAUCAAGUGGGAGAGGUGGCACCUCGGUGCUACGGUGACAGAGGAAAUAGGGCCCUCCUUCUUCCGUUUCCGAGUGGAUGGCUGAGCUGUCCUUUUAUUUCUCUGUUUCUCCUCCAUUGGACAAUUUUGCUGUCGGUCACCGCAAGGGGCGGGAACCAGCCCGCAGCACAGUAGGCAGGAGGAGACCAGAAUCUGCAUCCUGAUUGGUUGAUAGGCCAUCAAUCACAAAUAAUCCUCUCUGACUGGGUUGUAGGGCCGUCAUUCACAGUGGUGGGCGUGCCACGCGACAGCACGAGGCGGGUUCAACUUUCUGACACUGCGAUUGGUCCGUUCUACCGUCUUUCUGCCUUUCCUCGCUGCUGAUUGGUCAGACAUGCUGUCACUCAGCACCUUCCUGUACCUGAAGUUCCUGGUGGUGUGGGCCCUGGUGCUGCUGGCAGAUUUUGUGCUGGAGUUCAGGUUUGAGUACCUGUGGCCCUUCUGGCUCUUCAUCAGGAGCGUUUACGAUUCCUUCCGAUACCAGGGCUUGGCCUUCUCAGUAUUUUUUGUGUGUGUAGCAUUCACCUCCAACAUCAUCUGUCUGCUCUUCAUCCCAAUCCAGUGGCUGUUCUUUGCUGCCAGCACCUAUGUGUGGGUACAGUAUGUGUGGCACACAGAAAGAGGUGUGUGCUUACCAACAGUAUCACUGUGGAUACUUUUUGUUUAUAUUGAAGCAGCCAUUAGAUUUAAAGAUUUAAAAAACUUCCACGUGGACCUUUGUCGUCCAUUUGCAGCACACUGCAUUGGCUACCCUGUUGUGACUUUGGGCUUUGGCUUUAAAAGUUACGUCAGCUACAAGAUGCGGCUGAGGAAGCAGAAGGAGGUGCAGAAGGAGAAUGAGUUCUACAUGCAGCUCCUGCAGCAGGCUCUGCCCCCAGAGCAGCAGAUGCUGCAAAGGCAAGAGAGGGAGGCAGAGGAAGCAGCCAAAGGAUUAUCUGAUAUGGAUUCCUCAAUACUCCUGCAGCACAAUGGAGGCAUUUCAGCCAACAAAAAAAUCUCUGCAACGUUGCCAGAGCUGGAAUAUCGAGAAAAAGGGAAAGAAAAGGACAAGGAUGCAAAGAAACACAACCUUGGAAUAAACAACAACAUUUUGCAACCUGUAGACUCUAAAAUACAAGAAAUUGAAUAUAUGGAAAACCAUAUCAAUAGUAAAAGAUUAAAUAAUGAUCUUGUAGGAAGUACAGAAAACCUCUUAAAAGAGGACUCAUGCACUGCCUCGUCCAAAAAUUACAAAAAUGUCAGUGGGGUUGUGAACUCCUCACCCCGCAGCCACAGUGCAACCAACGGGAGCAUCCCCUCCUCAUCCUCCAAAAAUGAGAAAAAACAGAAAUGUGCCAGCAAGAGCCCGAGCACACAUAAGGACUUAAUGGAAAACUGUAUUCCUAAUAACCAGCUAAGCAAACCAGAUGCACUGGUAAGGUUGGAGCAGGACAUCAAGAAGCUGAAGGCUGACCUGCAGGCCAGCAGGCAGGUGGAGCAGGAGCUGCGCAGCCAGGUGAGCUCGCUGAGCUCGGCCGAGCGCGGCGCGCGCGCGGAGACCGGCCAGCUGCGCCAGGAGAACGAGCUGCUGCAGAACAAAUUGCACAAUGCUGUACAGAUGAAACAAAAAGACAAACAAAUGAUCAGCCAGCUGGAGAAGAAGCUAAAGGCAGAGCAGGAGGCACGAACCUUUGUAGAAAAACAAUUAAUGGAAGAAAAGAAGAGGAAGAAGUUGGAAGAAGCAACUGCAGCACGAGCUGUGGCCUUUGCUGCUGCUACCAGAGGGGAGUGCACCGAGACCCUGCGGAGCCGCAUCCGCGAGCUGGAGACCGAGUGCAAGAAGCUCAGCAUCGACAUCAAACUGAAGGAGGACCAGAUCAGAGAGCUGGAAAUCAAAGUGCAGGAGCUGAGGAAAUACAAGGAGAACGAGAAGGACACGGAGGUGCUGAUGUCGGCGCUCUCGGCCAUGCAGGACAAGACCCAGCACCUGGAGAACAGCCUGAGUGCAGAGACCAGGAUCAAGCUGGACCUUUUCUCUGCCCUGGGAGAUGCCAAAAGGCAGCUGGAGAUUGCCCAAGGGCAGAUCCUGCAGAAGGAUCAGGAGAUCAAGGAGCUGAAGCAGAAGAUUGCAGAGGUGAUGGCAGUGAUGCCCAGCAUCACCUACACUGCAGCCACCAGCACUCUGAGCCCCGUGUCCCCACAUUAUUCUUCCAAAUUCGUGGAGCCCAGCCCCUCUGGACUCGACCCCAACGCCUCCGUGUACCAGCCCCUGAAGAAAUGAGGGAGUGCCCAGGUUCUCCGUGCCCCAGGGGUCUCUUGCAGUCAAGAUGAAAUUGUUUCGUGUGGGACUGUGUUUGUUGUCAUUUCCAGCAGGAGAAAAGAGCAUUGGCUAGAACUGCCCAUUGGUUUUUUCUUGUAAAUUUUUAGGGAACCUCACAGAACUUUGCGAUUUAUUUUCCUUGGCCAACGCAUUAAAAACGAUUCUUGGUUUUCAAGUAGCCAAUUUUGCCUUUUUAUGUACUCUUGCAUGGUUUCCUCUUGAAAAAAAAAAAAAACAAAAAAACAAAUCAAAACCACAGGGCUUUGCUUGGUUUUGAACCCUUUCUCCUCAGUUUUUUUAUUUAAUUAUUAAAUUGGAUUUGCAGAUUCAUCAGUGAGGAAAACCCCUCAGUUUUCCAGCGGAAGGGUUAAACAACCCAACAAAGCUUUGAUUUAUAGAUGUGUUCAAUACAAACACGUGGAUGUUGCAGAAGAUAAUUUGAUUUUCCCCCCCUCAAAGGACCAAACAAAUUCCAGGGGCGUUGUUCAAGGGAAGGAAUAAAGAAUAGCUGAUGAUGUGA